AUGUAAGUUUUGUGCUUAUGCUUUAUGUGUAUGUGUGUUGCAGCACUACAGGUGAUUUUAUGUGCGGGAAGGGAUUGCCUGUUGGCCGGGGAUUCGUGCUCCAGUGAUGAGACAUGUAGCCCGAGGCUCAGGACUCUGCGCCAGUGUGUGGCCGGCAACGGCAGUGUAAAACUUGGUCCCGGUGCCCGUAGCCACUGCGCCAAUGCUGUGUCUGCCCUACUUUCCACCCCACUCUAUGGCUGCCAGUGCAGACGUGGCAUGAAGAAAGAGAAGAACUGCUUGAGUAUAUACUGGAGUCUUUACCAGUCUGGUAUUCAUGGGCUGAACCUGGUGGAGAACUAUCCAUAUGAAACAGUAGAGAAAGGAUAUGACUACGUACGUUUAGCCUCCAUCACUGCAGACUCAGAUCUAGGCCAUUCUACAGCUAACCGGUGCCUGGAUGCUGCCAAAGCCUGCAACGUGGACGAUCUGUGCCAGAGGCUGCGCACCGAAUAUGUGUCAGCAUGCAUCAAACCCUCGGGCAAAUCAGGCCUGUGCAACCGUUCCCGAUGCAACAAGGCCCUGCGCCGUUUUUUUGACCGAGUGCCACCAGAGUAUACGCACGAGCUGCUUUUCUGCCCCUGCAGUGAUGUGGCCUGCUCAGAGAGACGCCGCCAGACAAUCGUGCCCGGCUGCUCAUACGAGGGUCCGGAGAAGCCCAGCUGCCUAACACAGAUGAGGAGCUGCAGGGAUGACUUUAUAUGCAGGUCUCGUUUGGCCCAGUUUCAAUACGACUGUCAACCAGAAGUUCAGUCCUCCAGCGGCUGCAAACAUGGCAACUACGCUGCCUGCCUUAUAGCCUACACUGGCCUAAUAGGCAGUCCUAUUACCCCGAACUAUGCGGAUAAUACCACAUCCAAUGUUGCGCCUUGGUGCACAUGCUCUGCGAGUGGCAACCAGAAACAGCAGUGCUCAGAGUUUUUGGAUUAUUUCACCAACAACAUCUGUCUCACAAACGCGCUACUAAUGUUUGGGAAUGGGAUGAACCUGACGCCCAGUCCCAGCCAAUCAGCUCGCCGAAUUCCUGUGAUGGACAGUGAGGCAAAGCACACUACCACUGUCACCAUGGAUACAGAGGAGAGUACAACUAUACCCACACAGGACACAGAGAAGGACAAACUUUGGGGAGAUUCUACCAUCCCCUUCAGCACACACAGUAAUGUCGGCCAUGUGAAUGCUCUCGUGUGUCUGCCAGUGUUAACCUGUCUCCUCCUGCUCCUGUUGUUCAGUUCUGAUCAGUAGAUGAGCUGAUGGAAGACAAGGACCAAUGGACAAACUGCGAUGCUAUU